CUCCCACCCUUCCCCCACGGCAGCCGUUUCGGCCCGAGGAUCUGUUUUUUUCUCCUGCGGAGGGCGCCGCUCUCCCCGUGCCCUGCCCGCCUGGCAGCAGCGGCCCAUGGACCUGCCCCGCGCUAGGCCAGAGGCCCCUGGGGACGGCGCCCGCCUGCAGGCCUUCACCCUCGUGCGGCGGGGCGACGCCGAGGCGCUCGAGCUGCUCCUGUCGACGGUCGAGCCGAGCGUCUGGGGGGCGUGGCGCGACUUCGCUGGCGCCACGCUGUACCAGGUCGCCGAGGACAGUGCCGGGCGGCGGGGCGGCGGGGCGGCGCGGUGCCUCGAGCUGCUGGGCGCCAGGCUCCGGGCGCUCGGUUUCGAGGAGGUCCGCCGGCCCAGGGUCCCCUACCGCGACGUGGUGGAGGAGGUGCCCGCCGUCGGGGUCGAGCGAGGCCUCGACGUGGGGGUGCCCGAGGUGCAGUUCCACAAGACGCUUCGGCACCACGGGGCACCCAAAGGGGAGGUCGAGAGAAGGGCGUGUCGUCUCUGGCGGUGUCGGUCGACGCCGUCGCUGCGGAGGGCCCGGAGGGGCGCUCUUUCGGAAGGCUUUCUCUGCGGCGCCACGGCCGUGCGCGACCCGAAGAGACCCGCCAAGGAGCGGUGCCGCGGCGCGGCGGAGCUGGCCGAGCCGGUCGCAGGCAUGCGGGGCGCCGCGGAGCUGAGCCGUCGGGGCAUCACGCCCGUGGGGCCGCCGCACCUCUGUUGAGGAGGCGCGCCCCGCGCGGGCCGCGGCCGCGAGGAGGAGGAGGAGGGCCUGCGCGCUCCGCAGGCCGCCCGUCGCGUCCGCCCAUGGGCAACGCGGUCCCCCUGAUCCGCGCUCCCUGCAGAGGCCCGCGGGUCGCCGCCGCACAGAGGCCGCGGCCGGUGCCCGAAUGCCGCCGAGGCAGGAGGCGUGAGCUCGACCUCGCCUCGGUCCUCUCAGCGGUGGGGCUCACCGCCGUCAGCACAUUUGCUUUUGGGUCUGCGCGGCGCCCCGCCCGCGGCGCGCCGCGCGGCUCGGCAGUCGGGCAGCGAGGGGUCGCCCCCACAAAGCAGGGGGGGCCCUGGGCACCGCAGCGGUCGAGGAGCUGAGGGGUCUCCGUUGCCAA